GACUCGCGACCUGCGACGCCCAGCGGCUCAGCUGUGCUCCGGUGUGGGCCUGGACCCCCACGCGGCCCCGAUGUGCAGCCCAACCCAGGCUGAGAUGGAGCAGGAGGCCCGGAGGCUCAGCCAGGGGCAGCAGGGGCAGCCCCAGCUGGUGCACGAUACUGAGAAGUUCGUCUUGGACAUGUCUCCAUCUCCUAGACACAGUGGAGUGCACACCUCUUGGAAUGAUGGCGCACCAGGCAUUCAACACUUCCACCAGUGCACAGAGCUGGCAAGGGUCCCCUUGGCCUUAGCUGAGGCACCCAGUCAGAAUGCAAGUGAAAUGGGGCCGCAGUUCAGUAUGUCGCUGCCUGAGCAUGGUGUGAGCUACUGCCCCCAAGUGACUCACACUCCUUCCCAGAUGAUUUACUGUGAGGGAAUGGCUCCCUCCCAGCCAGGAAUGAUGAUUUUCAAGGGGCCCCAGAUGAUGCCCUUAGGAGAGCCCAGUAUUCCAGGGGUGGACAUCACCUUUGGUAGGAAUCUAAGGAUGCCCCCCAGUGGGCUGCCAGUCUCAGCUCCCAGUGGAAUCUCAAUGACAUCCCACAUCAAUGUGCCAACAAUGCCUUAUUCUGGCCCCGCAAUGGUACCUUCUAAUAGAGACUCUUUAACACCUAAAAUGUUAUUGGCCCCCACCGUGCCUUCUACUGAGGCCCAGGCAAUGCUCCCUUCUUUGAGUCAGAUGCUGCCGCCUAAAAACCCCCAUGACUUUAGGAUGAACCCAGCUGGGUCCCCAUCAUUUCUGGCUUUAGAAUCCCAGGACUUUCUCAGCCAGCCAGGCUCCCAGAAAGACCCCUUCCUACCCCAGCAGCCCAUGCGUGCUUCACAGAAAGCAGAGCGGUACUCCAGGGCCCAGGAAAGGGCUUCCAGGAGAAGAUUCCCUGUUUCAAGGCCUUACUGCUGUCAAUAUGAGAGCUGUGGAAAAGCUUAUACUAAGCGCUCCCACCUUGUGAGUCACCAACGCAAACACACAGGUGAGAGGCCCUAUAAAUGCAUGUGGGAAGGCUGUACAUGGUCUUUCUUCCGUUCUGAUGAGCUUGGACGACAUAUGCGGAUACACACCAGAUAUCGACCACAUAGAUGUGAUCAGUGCGGCCGACAAUUCAUGAGAUCUGACCAUCUCCGGCAACACCAAAAGACUCAUCUACGGGUGCCAGGACCCCCAGACCCACAGGACAACAAUGGACAGAUGGCUGGUCCUCCUGCUCCUGGUCUUUAGGCCAAUCUCCUCUUCACAUUUUGGCUUCUCUACCCAGAUCUUGCCUGCCUCUGACCAGCUAGUCUUCGGUAGGUGCAGGCUUAGAUGAAGACAGAGAAAGAUUGUGAGGUGGUGUUAAAGCCUACAUGAGCUCUGGACCCAGUCAGAGGCUUCUCAAAACUGUCUUGCAUCCCCUUGCCUCUCUGGGGCUGCCAACUUUUGCCAAGUUUAGCCACAUGGGAAAAUGGAGGCAAGUAGAGAUUGGGAGCUUUAUCAAAAAGCUGUUUGUCUUGUGUCCCUCCCCAGUUUGAAACUCUUUAUUGACUCUCCUUUGCCUGCUACAUAAAAUCCAACUUCCUUAUCUUCAACUUAUAUAGUUUCCAGAGCCAGACUGUUCAAAUCCUGAAUUUACCACUUAUUAGCCCUGUGACCUUGAGAAAGAUCCUUGAUAAUAACUAUGCCAUGUUUCUUCAUUUGGUAAAUGAGAAAAAGUAUUGGACUGUUUUGGACACAUCUUAUGUACUGAAUCAGAUUCUCUCUGGCACUCAUCAGUCACAUUCCUAGAGAUUGUCUCUCCUGUAUCUUCCAGACUUGGAUGGAAUGCCAAGUCUGUCGGGCAUGGAAUCGGGCAUCUCAAGUUGCUAUUAGCAACCCAGAAGUGUGGGGGAGUUAAUGCUCCUGAGGUAAGGUUUGACUAAUAGGAGAUUGGAGAAAGUCAGGGAGAUAAAGUCCUUCUUCCCUCCUUUUCCUCAAUUACUGCAAGGCACUGUUUCUCCAAACAGUUCCGCCAAUGGGGAGAUCACCCAGGUAGCCAUUGGAUACAACUACUGUGUUUCUUCAAGGCUUGUCCUGAAGCAGGACCCAACUGCUAUCACUUUGCAUUACCGCCAGUUCUUCCCUGCCCUUCUUCCCUUUUCUCACCCAGUGCCCUGGGUUUGUAACUCUCAAAUAAAACUUCAUUACUUAGUUCUUGUUGUAGGC